AUGAGAAACCACGCGGCAGAUCUAGCCACAAGGUUCAACCGGAGUGUCGCAACCUCCUUCAUUGGCCGGUUCUUCAGGCUACAAGGCAGUAGUCACAGUAAGGAGAUCGACGGGACGACAUUCUUGAAAGAAGUUCGUGCUGGGGCGACGACCUUUGCUGCUAUGACGUAUAUCAUUGCUGUUAAUGUAAGCAGUUGUAAGAAGAGCACUGACGAGAUUACAGAGGUGAGGCGAGAUCUCGUCACGGCUACAUCAGCCAUCGCAGGACUGGCCAGUCUUGUCUUUGGUCUCUUCACCAACCUUCCAAUAGCCCUCGCACCUGGUAUGGGCCUCAACGCCUACUUCGCCUUCCAAGUAGUAGGCUACAAUGGCUCAGGCAGUAUUCCUUACGGCGUCGCAUUAACAGCAGUCUUCACUGAAGGUCUCAUCUUUGUCUUCCUUGCACUGACGGGCAUGCGACAAUGGCUCGUCAAACUCAUCCCGUCAACCAUAAAAUCUGCAACGGGAGCUGGUAUUGGUCUCUUUCUUACAGAGAUCGGCUUGUCUUAUGGUUCGGGUAUUGGUGCUAUUACUGGGGGGUUUAACGCAACGCCUUUGGCGAUUGCUGGAUGUCCGGUUGAUAGGAUCAAUCCGGAUACUCAGAUGUGUGAGGGCGGGAUAAUGACUAGUCCGAAGCUUUGGACUGCAAUAUGUGCUGGUGGUUUACUGACGGCGUAUCUCAUGGCUUUCCGGGUCAAAUACGCUUUCGUAAUCGGCAUAGCAUUCGUCUCCAUCCUCUCGUGGCCACGAGAUACUGCCGUCACAUACUUCCCUCACACGCCAGAAGGGGAGUCUCGAUUCCAGCUCUUCCGCAAAGUUGUAUCUAUCAACCCAAUGAAGCAUACCCUCAACGCUCUGGACUGGAACGUCGGCCAACACAGUACUCAAUUCGCCCUCGCGCUCUUCACCUUUCUCUAUGUCGAUAUCAUUGAUGCAACAGCAACAAUGUUCUCCAUGGUCCGUUUUUGCGGCGUUGUCGACGAUCGAGAUGGAGACUUUCCCCGCUCAACACUCGCUUACUGCUGUGAUGCAAUCAGUAUCUCUAUCAGCGCUCUCUUUGGUUGUUCACCUGUUACAGCAUUCAUAGAGAGUGGUGCUGGUAUUGCUGAGGGAGGACGCACGGGUCUUACAGGUAUGACUACUGGUUUCCUAUUUCUUUUGUCCAUCGUGUUUGGGCCGAUCUUCUCGUCUGUGCCGCCGUGGGCAACCGGACCUGCUCUGAUUUUGGUCGGAUGUAUGAUGGCCCGUCAGAUCACUGAAAUCAACUGGCGUUACAUCGGCGACACACUCCCCUCAUUCGUCGUCAUCGCCUUCGUCCCAUUCUCAUACAGCGUAGCUUACGGCAUCAUCGCCGGCAUGUUUCUCUACACAGCUCUAAAUCUCUUGAUUUCUCUCACUGUCCGCAUCUCGGGCGGUAGAAUUGAGCCAGAUAACUACGACAUGAAAGAAUACUGGACCUGGAAAGCGCCCGGAAGGAAGCCCUGGUUUGUACGAGCUUUUAGAAACGCUACCUACUCAGCAAAGGAUAUGCAUAAGUCUAGUCCUCAAACCUUUAAUGCCCAUGGUGGCUUGGACUGUGAGAUGUUGAGGGUUGCGUCGUCGGAUGAGAGGAAGGAUGAUGCGCGCGUGUCGGUUUCUGUACCUGUGCCUGCGCUUUCUAGAUGCUCUCGUUAAGUCACUCAUGGUUUCUCGACUACCUGGCUGUCUUUCAUUCACGCGGCUGAGGCACAUUAUUUAAUUCUUGUACAUGCUUAUUAUUACUGGACCGGAGAUUGAUCAAUCAUUUGUUACCAAC